UCCACAAAGCGGACGCCAUGAUGAGCCACGCAUUGGCCACGCCUCUUGCAAUCCCGACCCCCAAACCCAGGGGCACCCACCGCUCGCCGCUCGGUCGGCUCGGCCCAUCUCAUCGGCCCAGUGGACGUCUCGCCGCUGUCAGUACCGCCGCCGCACCUCCGGCGGCGGAGCUGGAGAGGAGGAAGCUCGACCUCCUUCAAGCCGUCCAGGAAACACAGCGCGGCCUAGCUGCCACCGCCGACCAGCGCUCCGCCGUCGAGGAGGCCCUCGUCUGCGUCGAGGAGUACGAGGCCGGCUCGCCGGUGAAUCUCUCGGAGCUGGAUGGCACAUGGCGGCUCAACUACACAUCAGCCUCCGACGUCCUCGUCCUCUUUGAGGCCGCGGCUAGACUCCCCUUUCUUCAGGUCGGGCAGAUUUUUCAGAAAUUCGAGUGUAAGGAUCGAUCUGAUGGCGGCAUGGUCCGCAAUGUGGUGCGUUGGAGUAUAUCUCCCCUGUUGGAGGAGCUAGAAGGUGCAACGUUGGUGGUUUCUGCAAAGUUCUCUGUUCUUUCCAAGCGCAACAUAUUUCUUGAGUUUGAGGAGGUUGCUGUUGAAAACAUCAGAAUUAGUGAAGAGCUGCAAGCAUUGAUAGCUCCAGCUAUACUUCCUCGUUCAUAUUUAAGUCUACAGAUAUUGCAGUUUAUACGGACUUUCCGAACUCAAGUGCCUGUAAGUGGUCCAGAAAGAAGGUCACCUGGAGGAUUGUAUUACCUGUCAUACUUGGAUCGCGAUAUGCUUUUAGGCCGUGCCGUGGGUGGUGGAGGUGUCUUUGUCUUUACAAAGGCACAACCUAUUACACUACAAUAACUUGGCUUUGGCCCGAAAAGAGCAUCAAGAACAAAAAUGAGCAAAUGCACCUCACAUGGACGAGAGAAAUGAGGUAAUUUUCUGUAUGGUGUUCAUGCGAAGAAGUAUGCAAUUGCUUAACUUCAACAGUGGUGUUGUCUCAUAGAACCUAUGAGCUUAUUGCCUCGUAUUUGGCAAACACUUGUAUCAAAACCUAGCCUACAUCCCAUGUGGAAGCGAUCAGAUUAGGAUUCUACAUUUUGCUCUGUCUCUCUCUAAUCUUUUUUACAUGAGAAAUUCGAAUGUGUAUUAGAGAAUGGUUAUCAAUCCAAAACAGAGAUUAUUAUGUUCUUA